AUGAGGGAGGGGUUAAAAAGGGAGGAUUUUUUUUUAUUACGGAAAAUCUCUACGGAGUCGCGGAAAAACGUGGAAGAGCGAGGACUGGGUCAGAUUAUCUCUCAAUGCCCGCACUCGACUUUUGCGGACGCCUCGUCUAUCGUCGACCCGUCUUCUAUCCCCGAUCCCGAGAUCAAGCAUACUGCCCUGCGCCUCAUUCAUUCCACCAGCCGCCAACCCUAG